CACAAUUUUCUUUGUGAUCUCUUCUUAUUAUUUUAUUUAAAAUUCGCAAAGAAAAUAAUAACUUAUUUGGCAUCAUUUUGCCAAAUGCGAAUAAGUGUGUACAAUUUUUCCUCGUCUUGAUUAAUUACUUAUAUUUUACUGUAAUACAUUUUGAUGACGUAAAAGUGAAAGAAGAUUAAAAUAAUGAGUGACUCCAAAUCUUAUGUAAAUUUCUCAUGCCAGCGUUGCCUACAGCCUCUGAAGUUAGAUGAAUCCUUGAAUAAUCUUGGUGAACAUACCAUAGCAGAUUUAACACUUCAAAUAAGAAGAAAUAAUGAGGUGGAUUUAGAUUUACAAUCUGCGAGCUUGGAGCACUAUGUACCACCUUUUCGUAUGUCAGAAUCAGGUAAUGGAGCCAAUGGAUUCAUGGUCAUAUCAGAUGGCUGGGAAACAACUUCCUUAGGUCAUCAGUUACAUGUAAAAGCUACAUUAUUUGAUUUACUAUCAAACAAUUCGGACGUUGAUCAUCCACUUUGCGAUGAAUGUACAGAUACACUACUAGAACUAAUGGACAAUCAGUUACGUUUAACAGAAGCUGAAUGGAAAGAUUACAAUGAUUAUUUAAAAAAACUAGAAGAUGAUAAAGAAGAUUUGAAUUUAGAAGGCCUAGAAAAAGAAUUAGAAGAUUGGAAGCAAGAACAGAAUAGGUUAUUAGAAGAAUUAUCAGCUUUACAAAAAGAAGAGAAAGCUAUGAAAGAAGAAAUUGAUGUACAAGAGAAAGAGAAAGAAAGGUUAGAGAAAGAACAAGAUGUAUAUUGGAGGGAAUACACAAAAUAUCGGAAAGAUUUAAUGACAACUGAAGAUCAAAUGAAGUUUUACGAAUGUCAGUUAUCUUAUACACAAUCACAAUUAGAAAAACUUAAAAAAACCAAUGUCUUUAAAGCAACAUUUCAUAUAUCUGAUUCCGGUCAAUUUGGUAUUAUAAACAACUUUAGGUUAGGAAGAUUACCCACUGCACCCGUAGAUUGGUCGGAAAUAAAUGCAGCAUGGGGACAAACUGUUCUACUCCUGUCUUCUUUAGCAAGGAAAAUCAAUUUCUGUUUCCAAAGGUACCGUUUGGUACCAUUCGGUAACCAUUCUUAUAUUGAAGUGUUGGAGGAUCAAAAAGUUUUACCGUUGUACGGUUCCGGAGGUUUCAGAUUCUUAUGGGAUACUAAAUUUGAUGCGGCAAUGGUAGCCUUCUUAGAUUGCUUGCAGCAAUUUAAAGAACAGGUUGAAAAGGGCAACACUGGGUUCUGUUUACCGUAUAGGAUAGAUAAAGGUAAAAUAGAAGACACAGCGUCUCCACCGCAUGCUUAUUCUAUCAAAAUUCAAUUUAAUUCAGAAGAACAUUGGACAAAGGCUUUAAAAUAUAUGUUGACGAAUUUAAAAUGGGCGUUAACUUGGAUUUCAUCACAAUUCAGUGAAGAUAAAACUGAUGAACACUAAUUUUAUAACCAACUGUCGCCCGCGACUCUGUCCGUGCGGGAUUAAAAUAUAGAUAGUAGCAAAUUCUCAGACCUACUGAAUAUGUAUAUAAAAUUUCAUAAAAUCAGUCAAGCCGUUCUGGAAGAGUAUGGUAACUAAGAUUGUGACGAGAAUCUUACUAAUAUUAUAAAUGUGAAUGUUUACAUGGAUGGAUGUUUGUUUGAAGUUAUCUCCAGAAGGGCUGAGUGGAUCUUGAUGAAAUUUGGUAUACAUAUAGAACAUAGUCUGGAAGAACACAUAGGCUACUAUUUAUGUUUUGUAAAUACUGCGCGGACGGAGUCGCGGGCGACAGCUAGUGUGCAUAUAAAAUUUUAUAAAAAUCAGUGAAGCCAUUUCGGAGAAGUAACUAAAAUUGUUACAUGAGAAUUUUAUAUAUCAAAUGUCACAUCAAGUAAAAGAAUGUAUAUAUGUCCCAUAUUUGAACUUUGAAUUUUUAUCUAAAAUUCAAAGUUCAAAUAUACAAUCACCUACUACAAUUCUGUUCUUAUUCCCUUGUAAAGUUUUUAUAUAAAAAAUCUUAAUACUAAUUAAUAAUUCUCUGUGUAUUUGAUAUUUUAAUGUUUGUAACCGAGUUGUAAUUUUUAUUGUCUCAAUUAACGGCUUCCAGUAAUUUGUCAAAGCACACUGGACCUAUACUUAAAUUCAAGGUUAUCUAAAAAUAUUGCCUGUCAUAUUAGAAUAGGAAAAUAAUAUAUUUUUUUCUGUAAAAUAGUGAUUUGUAGUCAAAAAUAAAUAUCUUAUAUAUAAUGGUGCUUUCUGUGAUAUUAUUAUUAUUGUUUAAAAAUUAACUUUUCACCGUUGAUUUUUGAGUGGAAAAUCUCUGUAUUAAACAUAUCGUCAUCCCUGUCGUUAUCUUUAAGAAAACAGAGAUAACAAUAGGUUUUAAACAAGGGUUUUGGUCUUAGAAACCCACGGUUAGAUUUAUGUUAGACACAUGGCAAAUAAUGGUUUAUUGUUUUGCUUUUUCAAGCUUAAUUUAUUGAAGAUUAUGAAAAAUGUGAUGUAAACGUUCAUUAUAACUUAAUAUUAUUUGCAAAUAAAAAUUAUGCUAUA